UCCUGCCCAGGUGGCAUCAACUAGCCUACCCUCGCGCUAUUGCUAGGCGACAAGCUUGUGCGUGACCCGAUUGAAGCUCUGCUGAGGGUUGCCGUACAGUUGUAGCAAUUCCCUCUCCAAUCUCACUUCCCCAUAUAACACGACCGUCUUCUCUCCGUACAUCAUCCUGUCGCACAUUUUACAAGGUACCCUACCUGACGACCAGGGAUCGAGAAAAUAAUGUCCUUCCCCGGCAAUCCGGUGGUGAUCAUUUUCGGGGUCUUGGUGCUGCGGUCCGUGUCGGCUCAGAAUGCGGGGUUUGUCAAAUCUCCUCGGUCUGAGACUAAACUGACUGGUGAUACCUUUGAACUGUAUUGUGAUGUGGUGGGCACGCCCACGCCUGAGAUCCAAUGGUGGUACGCAGAGGUCAACAAAAUUGACAGUUUCCUGCAGCUUUGGGAUGGGGCACGCAGACGACGUGUGUCCAUUAACACAGCCUACGGAGUGAACGGCGUGAGCGUGCUAGCUGUCACACGCGUGAUGCUCGAGGACUCUGGGAUUUACGAGUGCCGUGCCAGUAAUGACCCACGCCGAAAUGACCUGCAGCAGAAUCCUUCCACUACGUGGAUCAGAGCCCAGGCAACUGUUACCGUGUUGCAGAAGCCAUUGAUCGAUGCUUCAGAUCACAUGAUCCUGCCUGUGGAUUAUCACAGCCCGCCAAUCACCCUGCAGUGUAACCUGUCCGUUUCCCAGAAUGCCCACCGUGAGAGCUACUGGAUGAGGAAUGGAGGGGAGAUCCCUGGCACCCGUUUAGAAGGAAUCAGGAACAGAGAAUACAAGCUCAGCAAACCACGGGCAGAGGAUGCAGGAGAGUACAUGUGUGUGUACACUUUUGAUAUGGCACCUUCAGCUAAUGCAACCAUUGAGAUUAAAGCUGCCCCUGACAUUACAGGACACAAGCGCAGUGAGAACAGGAACGAAGGUCAGCGUGCUAUGCUCUACUGUAAGUCUGUGGGUUACCCGCAUCCCGUCUGGACCUGGCGCAAACUGGACAACGGCGUCUUCUCUGAAAUUGACAAUUCCACAGGCCGCUUCUUCAUCAGCAACAAGGAUAACUACACCGAGCUGACAAUCAUAAACCUGGACAUCAGCAUGGACCCUGGAGAGUACCAGUGCAAUGCCACCAAUGCCAUCGGCACUGCAUCUGUGAACUCCGUCCUGCGUGUCAGGAGCUACCUGGCCCCUCUCUGGCCUCUCCUGGGUGUGCUAGCCGAAAUCAUUGUGCUAGUCCUCAUCAUCGUUGUUUAUGAGAAACGCAAGAAGCCUGAUGAAGUGCCUGACGAUGAUGAUCCAGCUGGGCCCAUGAAAACAAAUUCCACCAACAACCACAAAGACAAAAACCUACGUCAGAGAAAUACAAACUAAGACAGCCAUUACCAGUGUGAAGACAUUCAUAUCAUGACCAUAUGAACGUAAGUCAUGAAGGAAUGCAUUGGAGAGUUUAGAGAAGCAAAUGUGGAAUAAGAGAAAACUGAGGAUGAUGAAGGGGAAAACGACCACACAAGGCAUGCCUUAUGAGUUUAUCUCUAAGAAGAAAUAUGAAGAGCGUGAAAAGUGACUGAAACAGUGUGAACAUUUGGAACGUUUUUGCUGCAUGAUUGUGUUCUUUAUAUUAUCUUUUCCACUAGUUUUAGGGGUUUUUUUUCUACAAGUACAGAUGUAGUGCAUGCAAGAUAUUGAUCUGCCGUUUGAUACAGAUAUGGCUUUUUUUUCCAAUUGAUUUGUCUCUUUCAACGUGGCUUUUUAUGUAGCAUUUAUAUUUUACGUGAAUCUUAAGCUUUGUGACAUAAGCAGGAUUACCACCAUGUUCGGGUAUAGCAGUUUUUGUACAUUCGAUCAUUUCACUGCGUACCAUUUGAAAAGGUGGCAUAGCAUUCUCAGUCAUAUCUUUUUGAGUUAUGAGCGUCACUAACAGACAAGGGCUUUGCAGUGUCCUUCAGUAUUUGAUUUUUACAUUGAUGGCAUAUUUAUUUAUGUGUGGAUCAUAUCAUUGAAAGUACCUAUAGUAAUUUGAAUGCUAUUCAUAUGAUGCACUUAACUCUUUAAAAAAAAUUCCAAAUCUGUAACUUCAUUUUAUUAUUCUAUAUCUAUAUCUAUGAUGACUCAACAUAGCUAAUUGCUUUUUAUGUAUGUAUAUUAUACAGCAUGGCUUUUAUCCUAUGCAAUAUUUAUUCAUGUAUUAGAUUUACUGAGGAAAAUGAAAAUGGCAGUUUUUUUUAAUUAUUAUUCAGCUUUUUUUGUUGUGUAUUGAAGCUUUAAUACUAUAGUUGCCAUUAAUAGCAGAGCACACUAUCCAUCCAACUAAUGAAAUACCUUCUACACUAUAAGAUGUUGCCAUACACUGAGGGCAAACUCACGCUAACAGUACCUUGCAGAACAUAAUCUGGAAAUGGACAGAGUGAAUGAUCAUAAGACACAAAAUGUCAUUUUUAAGAAUUAAAGAGGUCCAAA